AUGGGAUCUUGGAGACCGAAACUGCCUGGGUUUGGCGAGGGCUCACAGGCUGCUGAGCCCGGUGGUGGUGGGAGAGGUCCUGGAAGAGGUUUCCGUGGCCGCGGUGGCUCCUACCAUCAACAACUCCCACAAGGGGGUCGUGGAACUGGCUACUACCAGCAUGGACAGGGUUCCAUGUUACAACCUCGCGGAGGGAUGAUGUCGCAGAGGUGGCAGCCUGCUGGCCCUGCUGAAGGAUAUCUGGGCCAAGGUCAGGCUUACAGGGAAGUGCAGCCACCACACUACUAUGGUGGUGGUAGAGGUGGACGUGGGGCAGGCCCGUCCGCCAUAGCUCCCGAGCUGCGCCAAGCAAUGGAAACUUCACAUGAACCUGAUAACAUCUCACCAGAAACAGGCUCUCCGGAUCUGUCACCAAGAGCUUCUACUGUAGAAGUUACGGAUCAGCUGAAAGAUUUGUCUGUACAAGACGAAUCAAACAUGUGCCAAGACAUUGUGCAAGCAUUUCCAGUGUCCAGCAAUGCAUAUAAGUUUCCUCACCGCCCAGGAAGUGGAAGUAUUGGCACCAGGUGUUUGGUGAAGGCAAAUCACUUCUUUGCUGAAUUACCUGACAAGGAUCUUCAUCAGUAUGAUGUUUCAAUCACCCCGGAAGUUACAUCGCGAAUUGUGAACCGCUCUGUCAUGGAAGAGCUGGUGAAGCUACACAAGAUGUCAUACUUGGGAGGGCGUCUUCCAGCCUAUGAUGGUAGAAAAAGCCUAUACACGGCUGGUCCACUGCCAUUCACUUCAAAAGAAUUUCACAUCACUCUACUUGAGGAAGAUGAUGGUUCUGGAGUCGAGAGGCGUAAGAAAACAUACAAGGUGGUGAUUAAAUUUGCUGCAAGGGCUGAUCUCCGUCGUCUGGACCAAUUUUUAGCUGGAAGGCAGGCAGAGGCUCCUCAAGAAGCCUUGCAAGUUCUUGAUAUUGUUCUGCGGGAGCUGCCAACAACAAGAUAUGCAAUAUUUGGGCGAUCAUUUUUCUCUCCUGACCUGGGGAGGAGGCGGUCCCUUGGUGAGGGAAUAGAAUGCUGGCGUGGGUUUUACCAGAGCAUUCGGCCUACUCAAAUGGGCCUGUCAUUGAAUAUUGAUAUGUCGGCAACAGCUUUCUUUGAGCCAUUACCUGUGAUAGAUUUUGUUGCACAGCUUUUAAACACCGACAUCCACUCAAGGCCUCUCUCAGACGCUGAACGUGUCAAGAUAAAGAAGGCCUUAAGAGGAGUGAAGGUGGAAGUUACCCACCGUGGUAACAUGCGACGGAAGUAUCGAAUAGCUGGUUUAACAUCUCUGGCAACUCGGGAGUUAACUUUUCCUGUUGAUCAAGGCGGCACAUUGAAGUCGGUUGUACAAUAUUUUCAAGAGACCUAUGGCUUUGCCAUCCAGCACACCUACCUGCCCUGUCUGCAAGUUGGCAAUCAGCAGCACCCAAAUUACCUUCCAAUGGAGGUCUGCAAAAUAGUAGAGGGACAGAGGUACUCUAAGAGAUUAAACCAGGGUCAGAUAAGAGCUCUUUUAGAGGAGACAUGCCAGCGCCCACAUGAUCGGGAGCGUGACAUUAUUCAGAUGGUGAAUCAUAACUCUUACCAUGAGGAUCCUUAUGCUAAAGAGUUUGGCAUUAAGAUCAGUGAGCGUUUGGCUUCAAUUGAGGCACGGAUUUUACCUGCUCCUCGGCUAAAGUAUAAUGAAACUGGCAGAGAGAAGGACUGCUUGCCUAGAGUUGGGCAGUGGAAUAUGAUGAACAAGAAAAUGGUAAAUGGUGGUAGAGUGAGGAGCUGGAUCUGUGUCAAUUUUGCUCGAAACGUGCAAGAGAGCGUUGCUGUUGGAUUCUGUCGUGAACUUGCUCGCAUGUGCCAAGCCUCGGGAAUGGACUUUGCCUUGGAGACUGUUCUUCCGCCUAUAUAUGCACAUCCUGAUAAAGUGGAGAGAGCUCUGAAAGCCAGGUUCCAUGAUGCAAUGAACAUGCUCGGACCACAGCGCAGAGAACUCGAUUUGCUUAUUGGAAUACUUCCUGAUAACAACGGUUCUCUUUAUGGUGAUUUGAAGCGUAUCUGUGAAAUUGACCUUGGAUUAGUUUCACAGUGCUGCUGUGCAAAGCAAGUUUUUAAGAUGAACAAACAGAUACUGGCAAAUCUCGCUCUGAAGAUAAAUGUCAAGGUUGGAGGAAGGAACACAGUGCUGGCUGAUGCAGUGUCAAGACGCAUUCCUUUGGUGACUGACAGGCCUACCAUCAUAUUUGGUGCUGAUGUGACCCAUCCUCAUCCUGGUGAAGAUAGCAGCCCUUCCAUUGCUGCUGUUGUGGCUUCCCAAGAUUGGCCUGAGGUGACAAAGUAUGCUGGUUUAGUUUCUGCUCAAUCUCAUAGGCAAGAGUUAAUAGAGGAUCUGUAUAAGGUCACACAUGAUCCUCAGAAAGGAACCAUUUGUGGUGGCAUGAUCAGGGAGCUUCUUAUAUCCUUCAAAAGAUCAACUGGUCAAAAGCCUCAGAGGAUACUAUUCUACAGGGAUGGUGUGAGUGAAGGGCAGUUCUACCAAGUUCUACUGCAUGAACUGGAUGCAAUCCGAAAGGCGUGUGCAUCGCUGGAAGCAAAUUACCAACCACAGGUGACUUUCAUCGUGGUCCAGAAACGGCACCACACGAGGUUGUUCGCACACAACCACAAUGAUCAGAAUUCAGUCGACAGGAGUGGGAACAUACUUCCUGGUACUGUUGUGGACUCGAAGAUCUGCCACCCCACAGAGUUUGACUUCUUCCUGUGCAGCCAUGCUGGCAUCAAGGGCACGAGCCGUCCUGCUCACUACCAUGUCUUAUGGGAUGAAAACAACUUCACAGCUGAUGCAUUGCAGACCCUUACCAACAACCUUUGCUACACUUACGCGAGGUGCACACGUUCUGUAUCCAUUGUCCCACCAGCCUACUACGCUCAUCUGGCUGCAUUCCGCGCCCGGUUCUACAUGGAGCCUGACAGCUCAGACAGUGGAUCACUGGCGAGUGGCGCCCGUGGAGGCGGAGCGCCGUCCAACUCGUCGACAUCCCGCAGUACCCGUGCCGCCAACGCCGGAGUUGUUAGGCCCCUUCCCGCGCUCAAGGACAGUGUCAAGAACGUCAUGUUCUACUGCUGA